GAAACGAGUGACACAGUAUGUGUAGCUUGUAUUCUCGGGGAAACGUUUUCAAACUCAACAUCGACAACUGAAAAGUGCCGCCCAUGCUCCACCUGCGGCGCAGAUCAAACUCUCCAGCGUUCGUGCACCAAAACCGAGGACACAGUCUGUGCUGCAAAGAACGCAAAGAACGCAGAUCAGGAAAAGUUGAAUAUUGGCUUAGGACUUGGGGUUCCAGUUUUCCUGAUAGCAUGUGGUAUAGCAUGUGGUUUUGCCGUGCGUGCUUACCGGCGUUCCCGAAAGGCGCACGCAGACCAAGCAUCGAACCAUCGCAAUGGUCAUGGACCGGCCCAAGGUAAUGGAGCAGAUACAAUGGUCGCUUUUGAAAUGGAACCCCUUGCCGAACCAGUGCAAGUCGAUGAGACAGAAUCUCAUGGCAUCCCUGCAAAUUCAAAUCACGGUCGAAAUCACACAGCCGUUGAACCCCAUCCAUCCGAGCCAGACGAUGCGUCAAAUCCAGAAUUGUUCAACAAACCAUCCGAUGCUUCCGACCCAGAACUGUUUAUGCAGAAAGUCUAUUGCGACCUGUCAAAAGAGAUGGAUGGCUAUUUCAGGAUGUUCUUUCGUAAAAAUGGAAUAAGUGACUCUGCUAUAUCAGUUAUUUUGGAGGAAGAGAAGCGAGUGUAUGAGCAGUGCUACAAACUCUUUCGUGCGUGGGAAAAUAAUCAGACCGAUGUCCGAGAACUACCAGCCAUGGAAAUCCCAUUGGAACUUGUCAGAAGAUUGACGUCGAUGUUUCGGGAAGACACUGGCAUGCAUUGUUCAUGUACAUGCCUGGAAAUAUUAGAACGUUAUGAAAACGCGUGGUUUCGAAAAUGCAGACAUAAAAAUACACGCACAUAGUGACUUCUCAUUAUGUAUUAUUUG